AAUAUGUCUCUGUGGCUGUGUCUCCCUCCCCACUGCUUGGGAUCGGUUAUGUGCUGGCAACAGGAAAAAGACAUGCCAGGAUAUGCUGGGGUGGGUGUGUUUAAACCUGCCCCUAGAGCAGGUCCUACCAGCCCAGCUUGAAGAGUACAGCGGAAGCAAGCGCCAGGAAUCAGCAGAGCAGUGGCAAAUACAGGACAACCCCCUCUCUUAUCUCAGCAAUGUGCAGAGCCCAACCCAGCUCAGAGGGCACUGAGAUGGCUCACAGAGACCUACUGGACAGGUCUCCAUUAUAACAAGAGAGGAACACUGGAAAAUCUGGCAUGCCCUUGCUCUCUCUAUUCCAUCUUGAACCUAGCCCUAGCUUGAACCUAGCCUUGAACCUAGAUGAUGUCCUCUGCUUAGCCCACCUAUGGAGGAGAUGUGGACCAACACCACCAAUGAGACUAUCCGCAUGUGCCCCGACUACCGCUUUUACCAUCGCCUACAUCUGGUGGGCUACAGCCUGGUGCUUGCUGCUGGUCUGCCCCUCAAUGCCUUGGCACUCUGGGUUUUCCUCCGAGCCCUUCACGUGCACUCAGUGGUCAGUGUCUACAUGUGUAACCUGGCAGCGAGUGACCUGCUUUUUACCCUCUCUUUGCCCCUACGACUCUCCUACUAUGCCCUCCACUACUGGCCCUUUCCAGACCUCCUGUGCCAGGCCGCGGGGGCUGCCUUCCAGAUGAAUAUGUAUGGCAGCUGUAUUUUCUUGGCCCUCAUCAACGUGGACCGCUAUGUUGCGAUCGUUCACCCACUGAGGCUCCGCCACCUCCGACGGCCUAUGGUGGCGAGACUGCUCUGCCUGGGUGUCUGGGCCCUGAUCCUGGUGUUUGCGGUGCCUACUGCUUGGGUCCAUGCCCCCUCGCCCUGCCAGUUUACGAACAUCACUGUCAACCUGUGCUUCGAGAGCUUCAGUGAUAACUUGUGGCAGGGCAAGCUCCUGCCCCUGGUCCUCCUGGCUGAAGGCCUGGGUUUCAUGCUGCCCUUGAUAGCCAUGGUCUACUCUUCCAGUCGGGUCUUCUGGACCUUGGCCCGGCCCCGGGCCACCAGGAGCCAGCGCCGCAGGAAAACGGUGCGCCUUCUGCUGGCUAACCUGGUCAUUUUCCUCUUUUGCUUUGUGCCCUACAAUGCCACCCUGGCGGUGUAUGGACUCCUUCGGGGGAAGCUGGUAGAUGCCAGCUCCAAUGCCCAGAGCAGGGUGCGCGAGGUGUUGGUGGUGAUGGUGCUGUUGGCCAGUGCCAACUGUGUCUUAGAUCCCCUCGUGUACUAUUUCAGUGCUGAGGGCUUCCGAAACACCCUUCGGGGCCUGGGAACAGCACGCUGGGUCAAAAGCAGAGCCACCAGCAGGCCUCCGGGACUUGCUGGGCACCCCGAGAGUGGGGCUGCCUCUGCCGCGCCCGAGGAUGCCCCUCACCGGGAGCUGCUCUCGCCGCCCCUGUCUCUGGAGAAGCCCUUCAACCACACCAUCAAGGAUUCAGCCAUCUGAGCAGAGCCCCUGCUGAAUGUCCCCCUUCCUCUCCUUCUCAUCCCCUUUAGGAGACUGCACGGCAGGGCCCCGAGGGGACCUGGUGCCCAGACUCGGGCUUCAGGCUUAGCCCCUGUUUGCGGGACAGAAAAUAAGCAUGAAGAAGGAGUCUGGCAGAAGAAGAGAAGUCCUUUCUGCCUGCCCCUGCCCCCAAAUAGGGAAACCUGGACGGUCUGCUUCUGAAUUGGGCCCCUGGAGAGGCCCCCCAGGGGAACAAUCAGCCGGAGGUCUCCUCUCUGGACGCUGCUCUUUGAGGGUGCAUCCCUGGGCUGGUGGGCCGGGAGACCUUUCCUCUGUUUUGGGGGGGCUGGGGCCUCCUAAGGACUAACUAAUAAAAGUGCACCUCGAAAACGGUCCUCCUCUUCUACAGAGUCG